AGUAUCGUGCCUAGGCUCUACGCGUACCCCGCGACUCUCUCACGCUCCGUGCCCGCGCGCGCGACGGAGCGAGAGCUCAAACGCCGCGUUACACGCGAGAGAGGUAUAUACACAAACGCCGCGUCGCGCCGCGCCGCGCCGCGCCGCUUGGCAUCGUGUCGCGCCACGCCGCGCUGUGCCGUGCCGCGCAGAGUGCCCCGCGCUACACCGCACCCCCGCUCAUCUCGUCGCGGGAGGACGCGCGUUGCCGCGCGCGAGGAGAGAGAGAGGUGCCCUUCGCUGUCCAAUUACACGUGCCCUUUGCUCGCGAUCGCCUCGCAUCUCUCGUUCCCGUCCGUGCCGACUUUCGAUUCUUCCUUUUCCUUUUUCAUUCCUUUCUCUCUCUCUCUCUCUCUUUCUCUCUCUCUUUUUUUCUUCUCUUCCUCCGGUCUCCUUCCCGUCUCGCAGUCUCGUCUUUGUUCGCCUCUCGCCGAGUGUCCUCAAAUGCCAUAAUGUUGUGGCUUGUGCCUUGUAGCUUUGUCUUUUCUCCGGCGUUAUUAGAGUUUUGUUAUUGGACGAACUUAUCAGUUUCUUAUAAUGAUUAUUGCUAUCGUUCGUUGGGGAUUUGAUCCCGGGGCAUAAAAAUAAAUUCGCUUUCUCUCUCUCUCUCUCUCUCUCUCUAACUCUUUCUCUUUAUCUCUUAUUACAUUUUUCUUGGUCGCAUACGCUGAUGCAUACUUGGUCCCGAUACUCUUAUCUUAUCGUACGCGCUUUAUUUUUAUUGCAUAUUACUUCCUGUUAUGGCAAGUUCUUUCCAGAACACAAUAAACUUGUCCCUUUCUAUUCGAGUGCUCUUCUCUCGUCUCCCUUGCCGCGCCGCUGAUGCGUGCGUGCGUGCGUGCGCACACGCGUGCCGUCCGAAAGUGUGACGAGGGCGAUAAUACGCGUGGAGCGCGUACUCGCACAUACUCGCGGCUGUCGGGAAAAUCGCCGCUACCAGAUGUCUCCUCUCCUCCUACCGGCGUGGAUCCAUCUCGCGUAUCCGCGCCGCGGCUUUACGUCCAGCCGAGAUACGCGACGGCGAAGGGGGGAGAUGAAUAGGGAGCAUUAUUAGCGGCCGCCCGCGCCUCGUUUCUUCGAGCACUCGAUGCUCAUUUCCUCCAACGAUUUCCUUUCAGCUCGUUGUUCCGCGCUUCCGUUUCGCUUUUUCAAGAAGCUCCGGCCACGGUGAAAGUCUCAUGCGCGCCGCUCGUCAAUAUCAAUCUAUCUCUCGUGAAGAAGAUGAGGAUCGCGAUGUAAAAACGUGCCGAGGCCUCGAUCAAGCGUCGUUACAGUUGUACAGGGUUGCUCACAGUUAUCGUGUAUCCCUUCAGAUCUCUUUCCGAUCGCGCACGAAAUGUUUCCUUACGUUGCACUCUGUUACAUCCUAUGUAGAAUCUUAUUUUCCAACGGCGCGUCGAGCUCUAUUUUUCGCGCAACAGUUUGUUUUACGUUCGAUAUAAAACUGCAAUAAUAGAACGGAGGAAUACUUUCUAGAGCACGAAAUGAUUGUUCUCUUAAUAAAUUACCUUGUCCCACACACUGUUCUGUCGUUCACGUCGGCAGGAAACCGCUAACUUUGAAGCUGCCCGUAGUGCGAUAGAGCGCCGAGUGCCGCGAUAGAAUCGCGAAUUCCACGCUCGCGUACCUAGCGGCGGCGGCGAGGGCACAAGCUUCUCGACCCGCGUUUCUUCUGCCGGGACAAAAGGGUACGGGAGAGACGAAGCAGGAACGACGAUGCACGAGAGAAAGAAGGAGAUGGUGAGGGUGGAGGAGAAAGGGAGAGAGACGACGGCGUGCGUUCGCGCACGUCUAUGCGAGGGCAGCCGGAGUUCCUUCGAGUCUCGAGAGACUAUAGUCGGCUAUUUUAACGUAUCGCCGACUAAGAAACAUGGAAAACUACCGUUGUUGCUUUUCCAUUCGUGGCAAUUUAAGUGACGGAGCAACGUUUUCGCGUUGCGAUAUUUAGAAAACUCCGGAGACACUAAGUCGUCUUUUUUUUUUUAGCGAAGCAGUUUGCGUCUGUCGUUCAGUUCGCGCAAAAGUAAAUUAAUCGUGACGUUAUUACGAGCAUAAUAGUAUUACGUUUUUUAAGAAAAUAAGAAUAAAGUAAUUGCCGUUUCGUCCCCUACGAUUGCUCCGUUGAUCAAAAGAGGUUUUUUUGUAGAUUCAUUCGCAUUUGGAUCUCGAGUGAUUCCAGGAAUAUGAACGAUUUGUAUUCUCGCCUAAAUAUAUUUAAUGGUUAACUGGUGAAAAUACGAUUAGAUAUCCGCGAGAGCUCUCGAUAACGCGUAUCAUAUCCACUUUCUGUAGUUUCGAUAAAGAUUAGGAUUGUAAGCCAUAAAACUGGGGUGAAAAUUAUCCGCCAUCUGCUGGUCGCUUUUUUUCUAGUCGUUUCUUUUUGACAACUAUUACGCUUCUUAUCACAGUAUUGCCCAAUCUCGUAUAUUUCAUGUGUAAGCCACAUUUCGCUUCUUCACUUUCUUUAAUAAUCGUCUGUGAUUUAUGCAUUAGAGAAACUCUAACAAAUGCCACUCUAUCUACCCGCCGCAUCGUCCGGAAUAUUCGUCGAAUAUUAAACCGAGGAAAGACUCGUUCAGUGUCCUAAAUUGAUUUACGCAACAGUGCAGUUUUAUAAGACAAGUGAUUCGCGUGUUGAAUCACGAGACUGAUCAACGUUGGUGAGCUAUCCGGAAACGAGCCACCGGCUGAUAUAUCGCAUCGUUCACCAAGUCUCUCAGCCGUUCGAGCCGGUUUCCAGCAGUUCGAGGAACAGCAUAGGUGAGGUGAAUCGCUGACUAAAGGAAACCGUCUCCGAGAACUUGGUUUAUGCACGGAUAUUACAGAUGGAAGAACGAGCCGACCCUCAUAUCUAAUCCUGAGCCAGAAGUUCAAAGACUUACUUAACAUUGGCGGGGCGCAGGGGGAAGAGAGGGUGGGCGACGAGAGUACGGUGAACCGGAAGCGAACGCGACGGUGGCCGGCUCGGUCGAGGAGGACGAGGAGGAGUUCGCGGCGGCGCCAGGGCCGCGCAUGCUUCAACAACGAGGCUUUAUAGAAACAGCAACGACACUCGCACCCGCUACGACGACCGGCCCAUCAUCAUCCUCAUCUUCAUCAUCCAACAUGUUCCCACAACAGUACUGCCUGAGAUGGAAGUACCAUCACAGCAACCUGCAGACCAUGUUCUCGCAGUUGCUCGAGCGGCAGGCCUACUGCGAUGUCACGCUCGCUUGCGAAGGCAAAACGUUGCGAGCGCACAAGGUUGUACUGUCGGCAUGUAGCACAUACUUCGACACGAUCCUAUCGCAGUACGAGGAGAAGGACCCCAUCGUCAUCAUGCGUGACGUUAAAUUCUCGGACAUCAAAGUGCUGGUUGAGUUCAUGUACAAGGGAGAGAUCAACAUUGACCACACGAGGUUAUCGUCGUUGCUGAAAACCGCCGAGGAUUUACACAUCAAGGGGCUCGCCGAGGUGAGCUGGCGCAGCGAUCCCACGCAAAACGACCUGAACAACACCGGCCACAGUCCCGGCACCGGAACCCCCGGCGUCGAAACGGUCCUGCGGGAAGGCGAAACAGAAGAGCCAACACCCCCAAAACAGAGACGUAGAGGUCGUCCGCCUCUGGACGACCCACCAUCGGCACACGACGUCUUCACGCCCAAAAUCACCUGUAUUACCGGGAACACUCGCAGCGGCGGGUAUCGCACGUACGCGGAGAUACCCACGCACGACUCUAAUGUGUCACGUCGAACCUUUUCUCAGGAGGAAAUGAUGAGCGAGGGCGGCGACCAUGAGAGUUGGGACGACGAGAUGAUGAUGAACGAGAAUAACGAAACGCCACUGCCGGUGCUCUCCUAUAUGUCCAAGGACGACGCAGCAGAAGAAAAGAAAGCGGCUACGACUCCGUCAAAUUCUAACGCCACAAAUCUAUCGAUUCCCGAACAAUUCCGAGACGUAAUAAAGAUGAACGAUUAUCUGACGACGGGACGCCGACAGGAGUUCUGGGAGGAACCCUUCACGCGCCGCGUUAUGGACGCCAUCAAGAGCAAAGAACUAGAGAUGAAGACUGCCGCCGAAAUUCUCGGCGUCUCUUACGGCACUCUCUACGGCAGAUAUCGCGACAGUUAUGGCUGCCUUAAACAUCCGUACAGAGUAAGGGACUUUUGGUCUGAACCGGGGCCCGCUGAAGUGUUGGCGAAAUUGCGGCGGAAGGAGAUAACAUUGUUCCGGGCUGCCGAGUUCCUCAACGUCACCGUCCACACACUCGCAACUUAUCUGUCAACGUUGCAAGGUCCAGACAGAAUCUCGUUGGCGGGCGACCUCAACGUGGCGUCCAGCGGCAGCAUCGACAGCGGUAGCAACAACAACGCGACAACGGAAUCGACGACGACGGAGAACAGCGAGUCCGUGAACGACAUCCUUCAAAAGAUCAACGCGAACGUGCCGACCACGACGUCGAUCAAGCGCGAGGGUGGCGGCUACAUCGAAGUGCCGACGGCAGUGUCAAAGUGUUCCACUACGUCGGUGUUGGAGAACAAUCCGGACAUCACGAUCGUCAAGACGGAGAACAUGCUGCGUAAACGCGAAUAUACGAAAAUGCCCAGCACGGAGAACAACAAUGCGAAGCUGAUGAGCGGCGGCGCCGUCAGCGAGGUCAGCCAGCAGCAGCAGCAACAGCAGCAGCAACAGCAACAGCAGCAGCAACAACAACAACAGAAGCUCGCCGACCCGUUGUCAUUAAAUAAUGACAACAGUAAACCCUAACUAUUCAGACCCUAUUUGACACCUACGGCGAAUCACCAUCAUCCGCGCAGCGUAGCGCCAAGCGGAGCCAGUUAUAGAUCCGACCUGCAGUGCCCGCGCAGUUUCUAUUCCAACGUGUUUACUCGCUUUCUCACGAAUUUUCAUUUAAAGUAGAACGAAAAGGAAUAGACGAAACGGAAACAGACGAGGACAUCGGCGCUGGACAUCGUGUUCCGCGCACGUCCGAUUCCGCAAGCCUCAGACAAUCUCGCGUACGACCGUUCGCGAUUGAUGGCGGGCCGUGGCUGCGUCGGGACGGAUAAAGCGAGAACUUUGACUCCUGCCUUCGAAUCAAUUCCCACGCGACCACGGCCUAUCGUUCAUAUUUUUCACGUAUUAAGAAGAAAUAUCAACGUCGCGAAUUCUGCCCUAGCGAAAUUAGUAUCGGGCAAGUUGACAGGAAAAUUCCUCCCGUUUUAACUUCAAAUUCGGCUCACUUUUGAUCUACAUAGGUCGGUAUACGUACGACCUUUGAGAAAAAAAAAUAGAAAAGCAAAAGAAACAAUAAAAGGGAUAAGGAGUAUAAUAAAAAGUUCAAUUGAAGUUCCUUUUGCAUAACGAUGUAGAGUGUAUUAUCGCAACAAAGAAUGCCUAUUUUCUGCCGCAUGUGUCUGUAUGGUAAAGAGCGACAAUAUAUUCACCACAAGUAGAUCCAUCAUAGUAACACACACCACAGAGAGAAAGGAAGGAAGGGUGAGAAAGGGGGAAAACAGAAAGAAAGAGAGAGAGAAAAAAUAAAACUAAAUAACGGUCCUUCGACUUAGAUAUGUUCCUCAUGCGAUCGUCGUUAGAAUCGCAUUAGGAUCACGUUUCAGUUAAUGCUCGUAUAUAAACUCGAGAAUUUAAAUCAUAAAGCUUGUACUAUUGGAAGAGGCGUCCACAUUUGACACGUGAUGCACAGGGAAAUACAUAUGAAGUAAAACACCUGAGAAAGUAGGCGAUUGUAGAUAGUAUUCUCAGCCAUUUGUAUUUAGAAAGUAUUUAGAGAAAGAGAGAGAGAGAGAGAGAGAAUGAUUGUGAAUAAGAGAGAGAAUGAGAGAGUGAGAAAAAAAAAUCGUCACUUCAGACGGUUUAUGUCCAAUAGUAAAUCGUUUAUGAUUUAAAUAUAUUUUCGUGAUGCAAGCCUUAACGUUAGAAACUUUAAUUUUUUUCUACCUUAUCGAUUCGAUAAAAUUCACUUUACGCGUGGUACCGAUACUUUUUGGAAAACGUUAAACGACUAAAUUUUAGACAUGCAGAUACGAUUAAAGGCGUUGCGAUCGGCAGUGAUUUUUACGCGUCGUAUGAAAUCGCGGCAAUUGCCUUUUCUUCGAGUAUUCGCAAUGCUAACGGGAUAAUCCCUUGUGCGUAUAACGGAAUAUGAUGACGACGUGUAUACCAUUCUAUUUUGUUUCUCUUUUAUACCAGUAUAUAACACUGUACAUAGCAGUGCUUUUUAUAAAUCUUUACUUGUACAUACUCUAAGAUUUUUUAAUUUUUCCUUCUUUUACGAAAAAAUAUUUUUAACUUUUAUUGGAAAUUGUCAAUUAAUAUAAAAAAUAAUUUGUUUCGAAAAAUGUGCAAUAUGUACAAUAUAAACAUAAUUUGGAAUAGUAGUCAAAAGAAACAAAAUUCAAAUAUUCAAUUUGAAUUUGAAUUUUCCUUAUAAAAAGCGAUAUCGGUAUGAUAUCUGCAACGGACAAUGACUACGAUAAUGCUGUAGCAUUGUUAUAUAUAACUCGCUAUUUUGUUUAGUUUACUUUUUUCGUAAGUUUUCGCAGACCCGAUGUUUACGUUAAGUUAGAUAAUGAAAUGGGAAAUUCCCGACAGCGCUAUAUAUAUAUAUAUGUAUGUAUGUAUAUGUACGUAUGUAUGUAUGUAUACUAUAUACAUACACAUAUACAAUAAUCGUAUUUGACUGGAAAUGAGUAUUCCUGCUGAAGGUAAAACUAAAUAAGAAUUAGUAAUAUAGUAGAGGUAUCUCCGAUGAUAUUUUUCGAUGAUAUAAGACUUAGUUGCACGGAAGAAUUAUUGCGAAGGGUACUUGUAAAGUAAUCCGAACGAGCGGAAUAAUACCGUACCAAGUACGUGAAACGAGAGAAGAGAACGGCUUUCCUCUCGUAACUGGAGAUUUCAUUGUGUAGAGGAAGCGAAUAAGAUUAGGAAGUAUGAGAUGUGUAAAUAUAGCGGUGUACGAUAUUUAGUGAACGAAACGAAAAAUCAAGAGACACGCAUUCUUCGCUCUUCGCGAAUGCGGGCAUAUAUGUACCUCUCUCUUUCUAAACAGACCCCGAGGAGUCGACUGACUAAGGUAAAACGAAGAAAAAGAAAAUUUAAAAAAUUAAAAAAAAAGCGUAAUGAUAAAAGCGUAUCGAGACUCUCUCGAUUAAGUGUGCGGCGCACUCAGAUACGAGAUACACACAGGCAUGCACGGUGCAAACACACAGUUGUGGAUUCUGCGAGAGAAAGUAUUUCCGGCGGAUGCGCCGAAGAUCCGACGAAUUAAGUACCUACUUUAGUUUAUUUUGUAUAUUAUUAAUACGAAAUAUCGAUUUUUUUUUUUUAUGUUGACAGCGAAGUCUUUCGAUUACUUUACGAGUGUUCCAAAUCGACUAUUUUAUGAGAGUGUGCUUCGAACUUCGAAUCGAUUAUUUUUAUCACAUGAAUGUGUACAAUUUUAUAUUGCAAUAACAUCGCACGAUAAUUUUACUUGUAAUUCUUAUAUUGUAAGAGAGAAAAAAAGAAAAAGAUAGAUCUGCUCAUCUUCACCGUUUAAUUUAAUAACUUUCGUCAGAUUCAUUAUCUUCUCAUCAAA